AUGAUGCAAGCACUAGGCACGACGAUAACAUACUUAUGGCAUCAGGCCUUUUCGGAGGCUAUAGAACGGCUUAAUUCCUUGUCAACAGAUGAUUAUUACAUUGCCAUUGCACAAUACGGACAUGCCAUCAAGCGUACCAUCAUAUAUGUCAAUUACAUAAUAUCGCUUAUUAUAAUAGUGCCAUAUCUCCUUCUUGUUGGAUGCGAUUUCGUUAUCUACAUUUUCAGAGUUUUGGGAGAUGUUUUGCACUCCAAUGUGGAAAGUGCGAAGGUUCAAUUACGGCAGAAGGCAGGCCAAAAGAUAAAGGUGCAAUAG